GGGAGAUAUGAGGAGAGAAGACGCGAAUGGAGAGAGUUGCUAGACCGCCAGACGGAGUGGACUUGGAACGAGGGUCUGAAGGUCAGCGACGAUUGGAGGAGGUCGAUGAUGGAUGAACGGCCUUAUCAAUUUCCACCAUCUUCAAUUUCUGUAUGAAAUCACUGCUUAGCCCUAGAGGCAUAAGGAAAUACAACUUAAUUAAAAGAACAACUUCAAGACGACAAAGCUGACUGCCAAACCCUGCAGUGAAAGAAUGAUGUAUGUGUAGAGGAGGCCACACGAUGAAUACUGAAUGCAGUACACAUGACUGGAAGAAAUGCAAGAACGGCUUUGCCUGGAAAGACUGUUCGGACUCCCUGGAUGGUGAGCAGAAUCCUGGUGCCAGUCAGCAGGUUGGAGGUUGUCAGGGGCUGCGAGAUGGAGCAGAGUCCCGUGACUCAGUAUGAACCUGUGGCAGAGAUUGGAGGAGGGGCCUAUGGCACUGUCUACAAGGCCCGAGACCUGCGGAGUGGCAAGUUUGUAGCUCUGAAAAACGUGAGAGUGCACAGAGAUGAAGAAGGCCUCCCCGCCUCCACCGUCAGGGAGGUGGCACUGCUGAAGCGGCUUGAGCAGUUUGACCACCCCAAUAUUGUCAGGUUGUUCGAUGUGUGUGCCACCAUGAGAGCUGAUCGAGAAACCAAGGUCACCCUGGUGUUUGAGCAUGUUGACCAGGAUUUGAAAACCUACCUGGAAAAGGCCCCGGCACCUGGACUGCCACCGGAAACGAUAAAGGACCUAAUGAAGCAGUUGCUGAACGGCCUGGCAUUCCUACAUUCUCACAAUGUAGUGCACCGGGAUCUGAAGCCAGAGAACAUCCUAGUGACCAGCCGGGGCCAAGUGAAGCUGGCGGACUUUGGCUUGGCUCGCAUCUACAGGUUCCAAAUGGCUCUGACUCCGGUGGUGGUGACACUGUGGUACCGUGCACCAGAAGUGCUACUUCAAUCAACAUACGCCACCCCUGUUGACUUGUGGAGCACAGGCUGCAUCUUUGCUGAGAUGUUUUGCAGAAGGCCCUUGUUUUGUGGGAAAUCAGAAGCUGAUCAAUUAGGAAAAAUUUUUGACAUGACAGGGCUCCCAGCAGAGGAGGACUGGCCGGAGGACGUGACCCUGCCGCGAAGCGCCUUCACCAACCGGCCUCCACAGUCGGUCAAGAACUUUAUACCCGAAAUCGAUGACUUGGGGGCAAGUCUGCUGCUGGAACUGCUGACAUUCAGCCCGAUGAAAAGAAUCUCUGCCUUCAAGGCCCUGCAACAUCCUUAUUUCCUAGGCCAAAGCCUUAAUGUUUAAGCCAACCAAUUGUGCCCCGUAGAAAGGAAACUGUAAACAGCUUUGCCUGCUUGUCCACACUUGGGUGCCACAGCAGUUUACAGCUGUUCUACAGAUGUGUACUGCUGGAGGGGGAUUGGGGAUGGGGUGGGGGGG